GUCAGAAUUCGCGUCACGUUCUUGGUUCUUCCUCGCCCAUCUCAGGAGCCGAAAAUGAGGGGUUCUUUCACUAUUUUCCAGAGAGUUUCUAGAGUUUUCCGCGACAAUCCUUCUCUUUCGAAGCUUCUCGUUGUCGUCACCGUCAGUGGAGGAGGACUUGUGGCAUAUGCUGAGGCAAACCAAGUGAACAGUCCGCAAAUCACAAACUCGUCAUCUGAGGUGGAUUUCGUUUCCAAGAAAAAGAAAGUGGUGGUACUUGGGACAGGUUGGGCAGGAACAAGUUUCCUCAGGAAUCUGAAAAGUCCCUCAUACGAGGUUCAAGUUGUUUCCCCACGUAAUUAUUUUGCGUUUACCCCUUUGCUUCCAAGUGUUACAUGUGGUACAGUCGAACCUCGCAGCAUUGUAGAGCCUAUUCGCAACAUUGUCAGGAAGAAAAGUGUAGAUGUUCAGUUCUGUGAAGCCGAGUGUAUCAAAAUUGAUGCAAAAAACAAGAAAGUAUACUGCCGGUCUAAUCAGAACAACAAUUUGAAUGGGCAAGAAGAAUUCGUUGUGGACUAUGAUUUCCUUGUAAUAGCUAUGGGAGCCAAUGUUAACACAUUCAACACUCCUGGGGUUGUAGAGAACUGCCAUUUCUUGAAGGAAGUAGAAGAUGCUCAAAAGAUUAGAAGAACUGUUAUUGACUGCUUCGAAAGGGCAAGCCUGCCAACAGUGAGUGCUGAAGAGAAGAAGAGAAUUCUUCAUUUUGCUGUUGUUGGUGGCGGCCCAACUGGUGUGGAGUUUGCUGCAGAGCUUCAUGAUUUUGUCAAUGAGGAUUUGGUUGGACUGUAUCCAGGGGUAAAAGAUUUAGUCAAAAUAACACUUCUGGAGGCAGGAGAUCACAUUCUUAACAUGUUUGACAAAAGAAUUACAGCUUUUGCUGAAGGAAAGUUUCAAAGAGAGGGCAUUGAUGUGAAAACUGGAUCUAUGGUUGUCAAAGUAUCUGAUAAAGAAAUUACUACCAAAGAAAUGAAAACUGGGGAAAUUUCUUCUAUACCUUAUGGAAUGGCUCUCUGGUCAACUGGUAUAGGAACUCGCCCUGUUGUAAAAGAUUUUAUGACGCAAGUUGGCCAGGCUAAUAGGCGAGCUUUAGCAACUGAUGAAUGGCUGCGAGUGGAGGGAUGUGACAAUGUUUAUGCUCUUGGUGAUUGUGCUACCAUCAAUCAGCGUAAAGUCAUGGAAGAUAUUUCCGCAAUAUUCAUCAAGGCAGACAAGGACAAAUCAGGAACACUCACAGUUAAAGAAUUUCAAGAAGUUAUUGCUGACAUAUGUGAAAGAUACCCUCAAGUGGAGCUUUACCUGAAGAACAAGCAGAUGCGCGACAUCGCUGACCUUUUGAAGGAAUCAAAAGGAGACGUUGCAAAAGAAUCCAUAGAACUGAGUAUCGAAGAACUCAAAUCAGCUCUUUCCCAAGUGGAUUCCCAGAUGAAAAAUCUCCCAGCUACAGCUCAGGUUGCAGCCCAACAAGGUGUUUACCUUGCUAAAUGCUUUAACCGCAUGGAAGAGUGUGAAAAGAAUCCAGAGGGUCCUCUCAGGUUCAGAGGAUCUGGUCGUCACAGAUUCCGUCCCUUUAGGUACAAACAUCUUGGACAAUUUGCUCCACUGGGGGGAGAGCAAACAGCUGCACAACUUCCCGGAGAUUGGGUGUCCAUUGGCCAAAGCUCCCAGUGGCUCUGGUAUUCUGUCUAUGCAAGCAAACAAGUGAGCUGGCGCAACAGAGCAUUGGUGGUUUCGGACUGGGCAAGGCGCUUCAUUUUUGGAAGGGACUCAAGUCGCAUUUGAGGCGGCUGACAAGUCUUUUCGUGUGCUGCCAAAAAACAGGAUUUACAAUUUUGAGAAGAAUAAACAUUAUUUUUUCGUUGUUUUUUUUCCUUCUAUAUUCCUAUUUAACUAGCAGGGGUGAGCUGCUGUUGCAAAAAUUUUGUAAUUUUCAAGUUUUGGCUUUGUCAAAAAACUAGUUUUUUUUUUUUUUUUUACCA